UGAAAUCGCUAGCUUCCGUUUGGGUUCACAACUGCAACUGUUUGUUGAUGGUGGCAUAGCUAGCCAGCUACUGCUAUGUCAAUAUUUUGGAUUUAGCUAGCUAAAACAAAAACAUUUACGAAGAAAAUGAGUUCUGAAGGGAAUCGACAUGGGACGAAAAGACCUGGUUCUCCAAAUGAAGAUGGACCUACUCCAUGGGCAGCUGCAGAUCUGGGGGACAACGAGAGGAAGCAGAAGUUUUUGAGGUUGAUGGGCGCAGGGAAGAAAGAACACACUGGACGUCUAGUCAUUGGAGAUCACAAAUCAACAUCCCAUGUCCGCAGCGGGGCGGAGGACCUGAGGAUGAACUCUGAGCUGGAGUUGCAGUACCAGCAGGGGCUGGACGGGAAGCUGUCAGGCAGGAACAGGAGACACGUCGGACUGGGCUUUAGCGAGCCGGACCCAGCCCCACCUCCACCACCCGUAGAGGGCCAAAGCAAGGCAGAGCAACCAGCCAGUCCCAAUGCCCCAGACAGCCCCUCAGAACCCCAGGGCUCACCAGACAAACCCCCCUCACCAAACCCAGAGGACAGCACGAAAGAGGACAAGAAACACACCUUCAAAAUGGCCUUUGUGAAGUCAUCCUAAGACUGGGAGAAAAACAGUCACUUUUUUUCUAAAGUCAAACCACAGAUUUGUACAUAAGUCGUUCUUUUGUGUCUCUGCAGUACUCCCAAGCUGAUACAUGGUAACUGCGUGGUUUAAUAUGGCUUUUAUGUUUCAAUGCUGAGCAGCAAACCAGUAGUGCACUACUGAAGGAGGUAACAAUCAUUGAGACAGAUUUCCCCUGUUGUUUCCUUGUUAGGAAUUCCUGACUGAAAGAGGGACUACCGACAUGUUAUAAAUGGUUCUGAGACGAAGCUCAUGAGUUAUAAAAUGUACUUAAACUACAAAUUGAAUAUCAAUAAACUGAAGUACCACACAGUAGGGAUGAAUAUUUUCUCAAAUCUACCAAGGUGGCUAUUUCAAAGCAUUUAAAAAUAUAAUCACUAUACCAGGGUUCUCCCUGUGCUACAUUGCCGGCUUGUCUGGGCCACUAUGUGAAACUGAUAUUUAGUAAUGAUAGAGUAACUUUGAUCAGCAAUUACAUUUUUGUGAAUUGCGAAACAGGCCGUUCAGUGGAUUUCAGCAAUAGGAUAUCUCAACAGAGUGUGAACCCCGAGUAGGCUGUAGAAUCAUAACUGCAACAGCAGUCAAAUGACCAAAGAUACUAAGCUUGCUAGAAAACCUCCAACGAAUGACAUAAUAUCCUAUUUGGCAAUAUUGAGUUGAUAAUUAGCCUAUGCAGAUCAGUGCAUGAAUAAGAGAUGAGAGGAUAUUGUUAAAAUAAAAAAUCCAUAUCUACUCAUACAAUUUGAUCACAUAUCUACUGAAGCUCUCAGAUGGGCAGCAAUACGAGACAGCGCAGAAGCAUUAUAUAGAAGAGCUUUUAAAGACAGGACUGUCCAGCCAGCAAUCCCAGUUAAUGAGUUUAUUCUGAUGAUAGAAAAGGAAGCACAUUAGAUGGGCAGGACAACACUAUGUUGAUGGCUGUAGAUUUGUGAUUCGUCUAUUAGCCCCUGCUAACUUAUUUCCAUGCUAAUGCGACCAUUACAAUUAAAUGGGGAGUCAGGAUGUUGGGUUUCAGUGGGAUUGUGAUAUAGAGCCUAGGCUAUUUUCCUACGGCUACUGCGUGAGUCAAUAGAUAACUAAUACACUUGGUUUAGGCUACAUUGCAUGCUACAUGUUUCUGAUCAGUGAAAGAUGAGCAAACUAAUAAAUGAUCUACCACUUCCACUUGUCCGGCCAGAGAUCAAUUAACCAAAUAUACAGAUGGAGAUUCAGUGACAAGUCAGAGGCUUCUGUUCAGGAGUAGGACAGAAUACUCACGCGAGAAAAUCAAAAUCUACUUAUAUACAUGCUAGACACAUUUUCUGAUCAGCUAAUAUAUAAGCAAACUAGAAUAAAGAUGAUCAAUUUACCUAACAUUUCCCUCAGCCUAGUUACCAAAUAUCCAAACUGAUUCUGUGAAAACAAAAAUCUGACUGAUUGAUAUAUCUAGACAAGUCCCCCAUGCUUGUCUCAAAGCAGUGCAAAGGCUCUGUCCCAAUCAAAAAGGUGCUGAAAUGAUAAUGUAGGUGACCACACAGGACUAUUGCUUUACAUUUGUAUAACGGUUGCAUAUGAUUUAGGGAUAUACAGUAUAAGCAAGAAUUUGAUACAUGCCUUCAAUUGCAUUAGCCUAUAUUUUAAUCAUUCAGUUGAUCAUAACUAAGGUGAGUUUCUCUCCGCGCCUUUUCUAUUUCCAAUGGCUAUUUCCUCGUCUCCUCACUGUGCUGCCACCCGCCUCGUUCUCAAAACCAAUUUAAAUCAUUAUACUUAUUUUUCUAGAAAUCUGGCUUUUGUUUUGGGCUCAUUUAAUUUCUGUGAUGUCAGGCCUGGGCUCGGGCUUCAAGCUUUACGGACUUGGGUCGGACCGGGAUCUAAUUUUCAGUUCUGAUGAGAACUCAAACUGCAUUCAGAUCUGGUGUGCAGUCCAGCAAUGUGUGUUUUGAAUUGAUGGCCACUUUGUGUGAAGUAAAUAUGCCAGGCUAAAAGGAUUCCAUGCAACAACCUGUAUGGAUAAUGUGCUUUUUUGUUGUUGCCAAAUCUGCUGCGCAUGUGUAUUUUGUGGAAAUGCAUUAGUGAGACAAUGUUGUAAUUUUCCAUGUCUUGUCAUUACAUUUUUUGGGGAAAUGUUAAGAGUGAUCCCUUUAAUUGUCAAUCGCGCUAUAAAGCCGAUUUUCAGCACUAUGGCUGGAAUUGAGCCCAAAAUAAACAUUGCUCGUGUUUGAAUCGUCA